GCAGAGGCAGUAGGACCAGCAGAAGCAGAAGCUACAGCCUCUACUAUGGCAAAUGAAGUCAAAGUCAUCCUCUUGCCCCUGAAAGGGGGUCAUCCUCCUGCAGUCAAAGCUGGAGGAAUGCGAGUCUCCAAAAAACAAGAAAAUGCAGUGGUGGAGAGAAAAGCCAAAAAAGGCGGACUAGAGAAACCGAGUACUCUUGCCAAUGUUGCGAAAAUGCAAAGCAUGGUUAUGUUGAAUGAUACACUAGAGAAGAUCAGCCACAAAUUUCCAUCAGCAAUUCAAGUGGCUCAUCAGAAGCCAAGACCUGGCCUGGAGAAGACUGUGCCAACAAAAAGGAUCUAUAUUAUUCAACAGCCUCGAAAAUGCUGAGCUGUGAAGGAAAAUGCAGAUCUCUCUCUGACAGCAUGUCACAUUUGUACUCAGAGUUCAUAGGCAUUUCCCCCCAAAUCAAAAACCUUUUCCACAGAUUUAAGUAUACAAGUUUGGUAAAUACAGUGGGUUUGGGGGGAACUUUUCUUUUUACUUUGGACAACAAAGGAUUUGUGAAUGUAAAUCUAGUGCUUUCCUGAGUAUUUUGGCUUGUGUCAUAGUUUUAUACUCUAAUAAAAGAUUUUUCACUGCUCUCUUA